UUUCACGUGACCUCUCAGAGAAAGCCCGUGCGUUUCUGGGGCAGCGGCAGACACUGAAAGGAAAAGGAAACACUGCAGUUUCUAACUCAACAGUUGUUAUUUUUGCUAUAUUAGGGUGGACUUCUUCAAUUUCGAGGAUGUUUUCACUCGGGGAGAAAAUGGAAUUUCUCAUUGGAAAUCCAUAUUCAACGCCUGUCGGCCAGAGAAUCGAGCGAGCGACCAGCGGCAUCUUGCAGUCAGAUGACUGGGGACUGAACAUGGAGAUAUGUGACAUCAUCAACGAGACAGAUGAGGGACCAAGAGAUGCAGUUAAAGCUAUAAAGAAAAGAAUUGUAGGAAACAAUAACUUCAGAGAGAUAAUGUUGUCUCUAACUGUUCUUGAGGCCUGCGUGAAGAACUGUGGCCAUCGCUUCCAAGUUCUGGUGGCUUCACAGGAGUUUGUUGAAGGAGUUUUGGUCCGUUCCAUUCUGCCCAAAUAUAACCCCCCUACUGCCCUCCAUGACCGGGUGCUCAGCCUCAUACAGUCGUGGGCUGAUGCGUUUCGCAGCUCUCCCUCCCUGGCGGGUGUGGUGUAUGUUUAUGAUGACCUGAGGAGACGAGGCCUUGAGUUCCCCAUGACAGACCUGGAUGCUCUGUCCCCCAUACACACUCCGAACAGGAGUAUCCCAGAAAAUGGGACUCCUGAGACUGCCCCAGAUGCUGCUCCCACACAUCAGUCAGAACCAGAAGAACCUCCCAGUGUUCCUCCUCAGAAUACUUCACCUGCCGUCCAUCCCAGUGAGGGACCAGUCACCCUCUCUGCUGCACAGGAACAGAAGCUGAGGAGUGAGCUGGCACUCGUAAAGGGGAAUCUCACUGUGAUGUCAGAAAUGCUGAAUGAGCUGAUACCUGGCCAGAUUCAGCAAGAUGAUACAGAGCUGCUACAGCAGCUGUAUUCGGUGUGUAAAAGUAUGCAGACUCGCGUGGUAGAGCUCAUCCCCCAGCUGCUGGAUGAAGGGUUUAUUGAGGAGCUACUUGUUGUCAACGAUGACCUCAACAAUGCAUUCAUCCGCUAUGAGAGGUUUGACAGACUGAACAAGGCACAAAUGACAAAUACUCAACAACCAAGCUCCACCACAAGCCAGAGCCUCAUCGACCUCAGCCCAGAGCCCGCUUCAGUAAACCAGCCUCCUGUCAUCAGAGAAACCAGCCAACCAGCAGUCAGCACCUGGGCCACUCAACGGCAAUCACCCAACCAAAAAGAGGAUGAAGAGUUUGACAUGUUUGCCCAGACAAGAGGAAGCUCGCUGGCUGAGCAGAGGAAAAGUGUCAGGUAUGAAGACCCAGGAGCUGUUGAGGGUCUUGCUGGAGCACUGGAUACAAGGUUGCAGGUCACCGGAGGGAUGCCAUCAGCCAAAAACUCUCGGAAGAGUGAUAUUGACAAAUGGUUAUCUUCUGACACGGCAGAUCAGUCUUCUGUGAGUGAGGGAGUGUCCAGUGAAGAAUUUGACAAGUUUCUUGAAGAUCGGGCGAAGGCAGUGGACCACAGCACCCAAGCCAUUCGCAGUGUGUCACCCUCCUCAUCCAGACCGCCACCACAAUCUACCCUUCAACAGGAGAGAUCGCACGACCAACUUUUUUCACUUUAAUUGUAGGACAAACAAGAUCAACAUGCAUAUUAUCUCAAAAAAGUGUGCCUGGAAUCACAAAAAUCCUCUGGCCAGUCAGGUUUUCUCUGAAAGCACAUAGCUGCCUACAACUAAACCUGACACUCCAGGUCUGCUGCCUGAUCAACUCACUGCAUCAAUAUGUUUUGUCUUUGAUUCUGCUCUUUGUUAUCUCUGUGUAUAAGCAACUUCCUAUGACUGUAUUUAUGAAUUGUCCUAGUAUAAUAUUGAUGCAAACCAAAACUUUAAUUACAAGUGUUUACUGUUUAUAAUAAUGUUGAGAAUAUAUUUGAUGUUAUGCCAUCAUUUUUGCCUUUGACCAAAGCAGCUGAUUUUGUGUAGAUGAUAAUAAAUGGGGCAUUGUCCUUCAAAAA